CCAACAAAAUAUAGGUGUCGAAGAUAUCGUGCACUAUGCGAAUUUCUGCAAAUUAUAUUAUUUACAUUCGUCUAGUCUGGCGUGACCACAUUUUUGUGAAAUGGACUUGAGAAUGCACAACUUUAGUUGAGUGUCAGUGUCAGUUCCUCGUUCAUUUAUGGUUGAUGCAGUUGUGAUUUCUGGUAUUUUGUAUCGGUACAAAAAGUGUGCGACUUUAGCUUGUUUUGUUUAAAAGAAAAGCAUGGAAAUUUCCUCAUGUUGGGACAUGUCGCAGCGAAUUCAUCCUCUUUUAGUGAACCACAUUGUGGAACGAAUUUUGGAACGCCACGCUGAACAAGAUCCUUCCUUGCUACUCUCUCUGCGUCAGGUUUGCCAUGUCUGGAACCAAGUGGCAUCUCGCUCUUACAGGAAGCACGCCACGAAGCAUAUCACAUUUGGGAAAAACUUUCACAGGAUUGCCGACUCUGACGGAGUCCUUGAUCACAUAAAAAACUCAGAGUUAGACUUUCCCCUCGGAAACUUUACAAUUUGCCCGGAAGUUUUUCAGGCAGAAAAUAAAGGGCAUAUCGAAACCUUUUUAUCCGGAGAUUGUAGUUUAUUCCUGACAUCGCUCGUGAUCCGGUUGGACUCCCGGAGCACACUAUGUCUCCAGGAAUUUACAGAUAUUCAACUUCCCAGACUGAAAAAGUUCAUCUUUGACGACCGAAGACCUACUCCAUUCGCGUUUGAUACGAUUUUUCCCGUGAUAUUGAAAUCGGCUGGAAACAGUCUGGAGUCUCUGUCCAUUCACCGGAAGCAAGUUGAACUUGGUUACCGGCGAGAUAUCGACGAGGAGGAUGAAAUGAUGGCAAGAAUUUGUGAUGCAUUGGAAUCAGUAAACCUGAGAAAUGUACAAAACUUGCAGAUUGAGCUUGUAAUGAGCGAAAAUUUCUUGUCAUGUCUGACCUCCAGGUUUCACUCCCUCCGAGAAUUGUCGCUAUGUCUGAAGAAGGCCGACUUUGGGGGAAAUUCACUACAUAAUUUGCUACAAAGGCAGGAAAAUACUUUAGAGAAAUUGAGACUGGUUGGUCUAUGCAAAAAUUCCCUGUUCCAAAUUGAUCUUCCAAGAUUAAGGAAUCUUCGAGUUAUCGAAAUCCAUGGAUGGUGUCACAAUAUUCCACAGGUGGAAUUUUCCCCGUUCUCAAUUUCACACAAUUUUCCAAACCUUACUGAUCUUGUACUAGACACGUGGUCGUCAGACCCAAGUUGGUGUAAGUUUUUGCAAAGUGAUGAUAAAAACUCUACUCUUACGAGGAUAAAGUUACCCCAAGAACUAUUCGAUGCUCAACUCGUCGCCCAUAUUUCGACAAGUUUUAUAAACUUAAAAGUGCUUACAUUACACUUUCAGCCAUCCUCACUUUUCGAAUGUUCAGCCAUGUUUGAAAAAGUGUUUGAAACUUUGGGAGAAAGUUUAGAGGAACUUGUUAUACUUGAAAGUUUCUGUGAAUUUGGUUCCUUGACUUGCAUCGACUCACUCUUGACGGGCUUAUCGGUGGAGGAGUGUGGAAGAAUGCUCAGGGUCAAUAACUAUUCGGGUGUGAUAGAAUCGGACAAUGUGGCGAGGAGGCCGUCCCUGCUUAAUUUGAAAAGUGGUCUGAAAUGCUUAGACUUAUCCGACGUGCUAAAGCGUCAAGUCGUAAUUACCGAUGUUACUGGAUAUAUGCUCCUACACAUGAGUGGUUUGGACCAUUUGAGGAUUUCGAGAUCAAAGAUACGACAAAACUGCUUUUACCAACUCCACAACAAAUUUCCUCUGGACCUUUGCGCAGAAAUGAAUUCGAAUCAACACUGCAAACAGGACCAACAUCCUCUACUUGAAAAUGAGAAUAAUAACGGGGGUAAAUAUGGGCUGGGGAAUUGUCUCGUUAUGUAGUAAGAAAUAGUUAUGGUGCAUUUAUUUAUAAUUUCGAGGUAGAUUUAACAAUUGGAAUUUAUUUUUCUACAUUUAAUCCCUGAUUUAAAUAAAAAUAAUUUAAUAACAGAA